GGAAAGUGGUGGGAGUAAACAUUGGAGAUGAUGGAUGCAGGAAGCCGACUCGGAAAUUGACAUGUUGAGGCCUACUACCUAAUCUAACACAUGUCUGUCAGCGAUCCACUCCUUCGGGAGUUAAAAGGAAUUGUUUUGGAACUUAGAACCAAAAAUGAAGUUGUCUGUGACAGAACACCAACGCUGCUGAAGCUGAGUAAAAAUCUAGAAGAGAUCUUUAGGAAAGGUCUUAAAAAUCCUGGUUGGUUUGGGAAGUGUGAUUAUUGGACAUGGAUAAGCAAGCUCACCAAUAUUUCCAAACAAAGAAACAAUCCAAUCUUGUCAAUGGUCAUAGACUCUGUCAAAGAAUCAAAGAAAGUUUUCAGCAGUUGUGGGCGUGGCAGAUUGUUCAUUCGGUCAGCAUUGGUAAAGAAAGUCUUAGCCGUUCCUGUACAACUUUUGGCUAAAGACCAUCAGUUAGCUCAGGAGUGGUAUACAAACAAUUCUAUUCUUGGGGAUGAAAUACUCGUAGAAAUUUUCCAGUCACUACUGUUUGAAUUGACAGAAGUCCCAUUCCAGUUACAAAUUAAGAAUGCCAGCUUUCUAGACAACACUUGGGAUUUAGCAACAUACAAGAAGUUUGAGUUUGUGCCCUGUGAUGAUUUGGGACUACAUGUACAGUUGGUACAGGGCCAUUUACUGGUAGUCUCUGUGGAGCCAGGCAGUGUGGUGGAGGAAGAUGGAAAGAUUUCACCUGGUGACGUGCUUGAUGAACUGUACAAACAGCCUCUAAAAAACAACAAGAUAGCCUAUGCACACAAUUUGCUGCAGAAAUACCAUGGGCUUCCAGUUCAUAUGGGCGUUGUGAAGUAUCAGGACAGUGAAGGGAACUUGUACCAGCCCAUCAUACCACUGCUCGGAGAAUGUGGCAUCGAUCCUCUGAGUAUCGGGGGCUCUUCUUCCUGGCAGGAUCAGACGAAUACCCUUAAUGGAAACAGGAAACCCCCGCACGCUAUCCUAGAGGAAGAAGAGGAUACAGAAAUACCAGUUCAUGGAUCUGAUGGAGGAGCUCUAUAUGAAGCUUCCUACCUUGGUCAUGCUAUACUAGGAAAGGAUGGUCGUGUACAGCGGAUAGAAGAUGCAGUGGCACUCGUCCUAAAAUGUAACAAAAAACAAAGGCGAGUAAAACUUGACCUGCGGGAGAAGGAAAUCUAUGUGUCAGAUCUGACAGAAGAUAAGUUGGUGCUACAGCAUGCGUACACUGCCAUAUCUGCGUGUGGGAGACGGACGGAUGCUCUCACAUACAUUGGCUAUAUUGCAGGGGAGACCACCUGUAGUCUGGCUAAGGACUUCGUAUGUCAUGUAUUCGAGAUGAAAAAUGAUGAAGAGGCCAGACUCGCACUUUGUACUAUGGCACAAGGAUUCCAGAGGACACACCUACUUCUGUGAUAAAAAAGUGCAUAUGGCAAAACAUCAAGAGAGCAAAAUUAGGACCAAUUAGAAUCACUAAGGAAUGGCUCUUCCAGUUCUUAUUAAAUAAAUUUGCAUGCUGAUAUUAUUAAGAGUUUUGUACACAGUAGUGUUUUAGUAGUAUUCAAACUUAUACAAUUUUUUUUAUUGGUAUAUGUAUACAAGAUUUAGCUAAAGGACACGCUAAGGUAAAACUUCAAUGUAUACACGUGUAUAUACACAAGUUAGCAAAAGGAUAUGCUAAGAUAAAUUUUGGACUUGGCCAAUUAUUCUCAAAAUUAUGUGCUUUUACUUUGUAAAAUGAUUUUCAUCAUUCAAUACACAGUAUUAUAUGUAUCUAUUAAUAAAUGCUAAAUAGAAACAAAAGUCUGGAAUCACAAAUGUGACAGUCCAUGUCUAAAUCACAAAAGCAUUAGAAAAUUUACAGUAAAACUCACUUGUGUCGAACACGCUUGAAUCGAAUACAUCGGAUGAGUCGAAUGUUUUGUUUGGUCCCGAUUUUUUCCCUAUAUAUAUGUACACAUAUUUGAAACCUUAAAUAAUUACAUUUUUAGGUCGCCUGAUACAAAGUAAACUUUACUAUAGUUUAUGUAGGGAAAAUCAUAUUUUUGACUAUCAUUUAUUGGGUUUCUUUUGGAAUUAAUUCUAUCUUAAGUUAGAAUUAGCAGUUUUGGAAGGCAGUUGACAAACAUUUUUUGUUUAAAUUGGGCCAACUUCAAUUUUUAUUAGACCUUUCCUUUGGUACUGUAUGACUCUGUUUUAUCUGAUUCUAAUACUUGUACAUAUAUAUGUAUAUGUAUUUAUGUAAAGAGAUGUUAAUUUUGGUUUGAUAUUACAUUGUCCAGCAUGUAUUUCCCAGGACACAUGUAAACAGUUGUUACUUAGUGUGUAUGAUAGGUUGUGUUUUGUUAUUAAUUAUAUGGCAUAGAAACACAAAUGGCAACACAAAUGAUGAAAAUGAUUUUCACUUGUGACCGGAUAUGUCUAAAAAUAGUGUUCCUUCCUCAUUUGUACUUUUUAUUAUGUAUAUCAUAUACUGUCAGUAUUUGUACUAGGCUGAUAUUGUCAUAACUGAUGCCUAUCAGUCCAAUAUUGCACAUUUAUAACAGAGUUUCACAUGUAACUUUUUUCAAAUUAUAGACUCGAGGUGAAACGCAAUCGUUAAAUGAUGAUAAUUUUAUUCAAUAUGUUGACAAGGAUGGUGAAUUGAUGUUUAAUAUUGUUAUGUUCUUGAGGGGAUUAACAUUGUUUUAGAAUUAUUUUUUGUUUAAAAAUAUCAUUUAUGUUUGGUCGUCAUUAUUUUUGUAAAUAUUGUAUGGGGAAAUUAUACUAUUCUUUGUCAGCUCUUGUUUGUUUGUGAUGGUCAACCUGCUGCACUUUAAUACAAAUUGUUCUUCUUCCUGAGUGGAAAGUGAGUUUUCUGGUGCUAUGAUAAUUGAAAAUAUGAAUUAGAUGUUAGUUUCUCUAAAUCUACAACAUACUGAGGUUUUGAGGUAUAUGUUAUUGAGAGAUAUUUCCUUCUAUCAUGUAUUAACCUUUAUUUUAUACAAUGCAAUUGCCAUGUUAGAAACUAGUCAAGUUAAUUCAUAGUUCUAAUCACAUUAAAAAAGAUUUGGUCCUAGUUUCAUAAACAUUUUUAUCCUAAGUGAAUAUUAACUUAAUCUUAACAUUUUCCAUAGGAAAAAAAAGGAAAGCAUCUUUAACUCCAUCAUUGCUUUCCGAUGGAAGAAGUAAAGAUACCUUAAACUCAGAAUUGUUCAUGGGAAAACACAACAAAAUCUACUCAACUUAACUCGAAAAAUGUUUUCCAAAUCUUAUUGAAGAUUAAAAGUUCAGGAAUUUCUUAAAUUUCAGGAACAUUAGCUUUUUUCCUACGUGUAUUCCAGUUUAGCUUCCUGAACCUGGGAGUGAUAGUAUCACUAGUAUCCAGGUCUCUAGUAUCUGUUUGUCUUUAUCUCUAUAAUGUAUAUCUUCUGAUUACAUGUAGGUUAGGUUACCUGUAGGUUAGGUGUAGGUUAGGUGUAGGUUAUCUGUAGGUUACAUGUAGGUUAGGUGUAGGUUAGGUGUAGGUUACCUGUAGGUUAGGUGUAGGUUAUCUGUAGGUUAGGUGUAGGUUAUCUGUAGGUUAGGCGUAGGUUAUCUGUAGGGUACAUGUAGGUUACCUGUAGGUUACCUGUAGGUUAGGUGUAGGUUAUCUGUAGGUUAGGUGUAGGUUAGGCGUAGGUUAUCUGUAGGUUAGGUGUAGGUUACCUGUAGGUUAGGUGUAGGUUACAUGUAGGUUACAUGUAUGUUACCUGUAGGUUACCUGUAGGUUACCUGUAGAGUACAUGUAGGUUACCUGUAGGUUAGGUGUAGGUUAUCUGUAGGUUACCUGUAGGUUAUCUGUAGGUUACAUGUAGGUUACAUGUAGGUUACCUGUAGGUUACCUGUGUUAAUUGUCUGUAAAUGCUGUUCAGGUACGUGUUAUUUCCAGCUACUUAGGAUUUUUUCAGUCUGCAUUCCUCUCAUAUUUCUAUAGUAGAGUUCCCUUGGCCCUUAAUAGUAUACUCAUUUCCAGUAUUUUCCUGGUCCCUAUAGCCCCAAAGUCUUCUUCUCGCUAACUGGUAUGUGGUUUUUAAUUAUCUUUUAUUUAUACAGUAUAUGUUAAACAUUCUACACUAUUCUGAGGUAGAGAAUUAUCUGGUCUGCAGCAGUGUGGUUUGGAGGACGAUAUUUAAAAAUCCUGAAAGCCUCUCUUUGUUUUUGUUUUAUAGAUAUAAAACUUUACCAAGUUAAACUUCAUAAUUCCCUGUGGGUUUUAUCUUCAUUAAAUUUCCUUUAUAUCUGCUCAGUUACAUCAACAAUUCAAAGGUAUUAAGUAUGUAAUAAACAUUUAAAAAUAGAAUGUGAACCAACCCUACAUGUGCUGAGUUACAUCCCCAGAUGAUCAACAGAAAAGGAUGGCUUUGUUUAUCAAAUAGCGAGAAGUUUCCCUGCCAAUUCAUGGUGGCUUUUCACAUUUAACCUGUCUUUAUUUUUUGUCCAAUAGACUCGUGUUGACUCUGUAAGACGUAGACGAUGGGACUUUUACCCAAUCCUUUUCUUUGUCUUCGCAUCAUUCUGAUAUAUCAUAGUUACUUCCCUUGGUUACACUUGCCAGCAGAUCAGGGCUGAGAAUGAUGGAGUGUUUAUCAUGUUCAAAUGAAUGACCUUGGAGCAGGCAAGGUCACAAGGAUCAGUUUUGAUAAAAUUAUCUUUACAUUUGAAGAUGUUUAAGUUAUGGAUGUCCCAAAUGCUCAAGUAUCCAUAUAUAAUGUACAGUUUAAUGAUAUUGUUUUCUUUUUCACUUUUUUUUUAUUUGUUUACCUGUAUAUAAUUACAGAUUAUUAUAUGCAUUCUUCAUAUUAAUCAAGGUUAAACAUACAUAAGAUAUUCUUCCUGUAAAUAUGGCACGUUACAUGCUGUGUUUACAUAUUAAUCCAAUAAAUAUACACAGUUUCAUACAUUUCUGAUAUAUAAUUACCAAUAGAGUGACCAAUUGCAUUUAUUUUACGAUUUUCCAAAUCCAUACUUCUCUUCUCAGAUUUUCCAUUUGUAUGUUACGUAAAGUCAUUUACUUAUUUGUGAUUGUCUACCUAGUUUAAUUCUAUUUAAAGUGAAACUUUUUUUUUUCAUUUUGUGCAAUAACCAGCUUGGUGUUUAAUCCAAUAUGGGGAUUUUCAGUUAAACUGGACCUGUAGACCUAUAAAAUAAUUCUUCUGAAUAAGGUUGUCUGAUGCUUGUGUGUUGUCUGUUUUUAAAACCAGAACCUAUAUUAUUAGCCAUGCAGAUUUGUCUGCUUAUUAUUUCAGAGUCUGGUUAUAUAUUUUUUUUUAAGUACAAAUACAUUUUUGAAAAUAAUUGUUUUCGAUCAAUGAUAAUUGUGAACGGGGUAUGUAUUACAAAUAUUAUGUUAUAUAUCAUGUACCAGUAUUUGUAGAAUGUGCAAAAUACAUCGUGACCAUUUUUUUUUUUUUUUAUGAUGGACAAUAUCUUUCUUGUUGCACCAAACAGGGCAGGGCCAAAAAUCUGUGAUAAUAGUAGGUAGGUUGUGAAUUAUUUUAUACAAUAAAACAUUCCAGGCAUGACCUGUAUAUAAUAUAUAUCCCUUUUGUUAGUGCUAACUAGUUUCCCCCAAACUGGGUGUUGAACUCCCCGGUGUAUACACAAGGGCUUCACGUUUCUAUGGUCUAGAAUGAAAAAAUUAACCCUCUGGUCUGAUCCCUAGAUCACUUUCUUUCAUUAUGGGUCAUAGCCAGGUGUCAGGUCCUUGUGGGUGAAUACUCUUCUCCCUGAUCAGAUAACCCUGUAGUUUUGGUGUUAUGAAUAUUUAAUUAAACUUUAUAACUUAUUUUGUUUAUCUCAGAAAAUAACAAUCAGAAAUUUUAUGAAAAAACACUUAUUUUGAUAACAGAAAUGGGGAGUUUUCUCCCUUGUUAGGAUGAAAUACCAUUCCCGCCAUUGUGCUUCCUCAGUUGUAUUGCUGUUGUCAGUUAUAUUUGUACCAACAUAUAAGUCAAUAAUUUAACAAUUGUUUACAUUUAAUAAACUUCUCCAAUGCUUAAA